CAGCCUUAUUGAAAAGUUACACAAAUAUGACUGCAUAGAUCCAAGUGUUUUCUGAAUUAAGGACGUAUUUUUUCUCUCUUCUCAAUCUUCGCACAUAUUUAAUAAAUCAUAUUCGUUCAAUAAAAUAACAAUACACAAUUUCAACGAUGUUGUUUAGCAGAGGCAUAAGCGCAUUCCGACAGUGUCUGCAGCACAAACUUUUGACAACCAAUACCUUCUGUUUUGUUGAAUUACAAGGAAAUUUCAAAAAAAGCAUGUAUGAAUACAAGCAAACACGUAAUUAUAGAAAUUUCGGUCACACCAGAGGAAAAUAUCGGUUUCGUCGUGAUCUUCCCUUUAUAAUCUGUAUCACUGGUAUAGCUAUGAGCUUCUUUAACUGGGAACGUAUAUUUAAAUUGUUAGUACCUAAGGUAGAUGCUGCCAGCAUCUUAGCGGAAGAGACUCAGAAUGAUGAAGCUGUAAAAAAUAUAGAACAUGAUUUACAAAAGAAAAAGAAGAACAAGAAGCAAAAAAUUGGAUUUCGUGAUAGAAAGCAUGUAUCUGUACAGCAGAACGAUGCAGGCUGAAGUAUUUUUGCAGAUAAUAGAGUACGAGAAUAGAAUUAGAGCGUAUUCGACACCAGACAAAAUUUUUCGUUACUUUGCGACUGUGAAAGUAACUAGUUUAGAAGGUAUCGAAGUCUAUAUGACACCUGAUGAUUUUCUUCGAGCUAUUACGCCUGGCAUGCAACAGCCAGAUGGUCUUGGAUUGGACCAAUACAAGCGCUAUGAUCCAAAGAAUAUCCAUACUAAGUUAGAAUUAGAAUUGGACGAAGAUAGCAUCUUCUACAAACUAGGCAGUGCAGGUCUCAUUACUUUCUCUGAUUACAUCUUUUUAUUGACCGUAUUAUCAACCUCUAGACGUCAUUUUGAAAUUGCCUUUAGAAUGUUUGAUUUUAACGGAGAUGGCGAUGUUGAUUCCGAAGAAUUUGGAAAAGUAGCGACGUUAAUACGACAGCAAACUAGUAUAGGCACUCGACAUCGUGAUCACGCGACUACAGGAAAUACAUUUAAGGGAGUGAAUUCUGCGUUAACAACAUACUUUUUUGGUCCACAAAUGAAUCAGAAAUUAACAAUCGAAAAAUUCUUGGACUUUCAACAGCAGUUACAACGAGAGAUUCUAAGUCUUGAAUUUGAACGACGAAAUCCGGAUGAAUACGGUAAUAUUACCGAGGUAGAUUUUACAGAAUUACUCUUGGCUUACGCAGGAUAUCCAGCGAAAAAGAAGGCAAAAAUGUUGAAGAGAGUGAAGAAAGCUUUCAAAGAAGAUCCGAAAGGAAUCAGCAAAGAGGAAUAUCUCAAAUUUUUUCACUUUUUAAACAACAUUAAUGACGUUGAUACAGCCUUGACGUUUUAUCAUAUAGCUGGCGCAUCUAUCGAUCAAGCGACGUUGAAACACGUAGCAAAAACUGUAGCACACGUUGAUCUAAGUGAUCAUAUUAUUCAAGUGGUAUAUACAAUUUUCGAUGAGAAUAUGGACGGACAAUUGAGCAAUCGGGAAUUUGUCGCCGUAAUGAAGAACCGCGUGCUUCGUGGCUUAGAGAAACCAAAGGAUACUGGAUUUGUUAAGCUAAUUCAAUCUAUGAUAAAGUGUGCAAAAAAUAGUAAUCUGCUGUCAUAUGAUAAAUAAUUGAAAGUGUUAGAUCUGUAUUAAAUAUUUGCUUGAUUAAUUGAAAUUUAUAU